GUUUUCUAGUCUCUAAAUAAACUAAAGAUCCAAAUAGUCAUUAUAAACAAAGAAAAUGAAGGUCGUGAUCUAUUCCCGACGUCAACUAAUCUUGGUAGCCCUUGUAGGAGCUCUUUUUCUUCCCACGAAGGCUCAAGACAGCCCACAAGACUAUCUAGAUGCUCACAACCAAGCACGAGCAGCGGUGGGAGUAGGCCCCAUACAGUGGGACGAUAGAGUUGCAGCCUUCGCUCAGGGCUACGUUGACCAGCUAAGUGGCCACUGCAUUCUCAAACGCUCCGGUGGGCCUUACGGGGAAAACUUGGCCAUGAGUAGCGGCGACUUGUCAGGGGUCGUUGCUGUUGAGCUUAGGGUUAAGGAGAAGGCUAACUACAACUAUGCUUCGAACACUUGCAAUGGAGUUUGUGGUCACUAUAUGCAGGUUGUUUGGAGAAAUACGGUGAGGCUUGGAUGUGCCAAAGCGAGGUGUAGCAAUGGCGGAACCGUCAUCUCUUGCAAUUAUGAUCCACAGGGAAACUGUGUAAACGAGAGGCCUUACUAAAAGUUAUUAUGCGUACAGGUACAUAACAUAAGCGCAUGCAUAUAGGACGUGUAUUGUAUACAUAUUCCCAGGUAUAUGGAGCAUAAUAUACAGGAUCUGUAUAACUAAUUAUAAAAUAUUAGUAUUUCGGUU